AUGUCGGACGGCGAAGGGGCGCCGCCGGCCCAGGACCCUCCUCCCACAGCGGAAGCCGCCGCGGCGGCCCCCGGCGAGGCCGCGUCAGCCCCCGGCGAGGCCGCGCCGGCCGAGAAGCCGAAGCGCGGCAAGCCGAAGGACGUGAACGCGCCGCCGAAGCCCAAGAAUGGGUUCCAGAAGUGCUCCGCAGCGGCGAGAGAGAGGAUAAAAGCCGAGAGGCCAGAGAUCGCCACGGAUCUGGCGGCGAUGGGGGCAGCCCUCAAGGAGGAGUGGGAGAAGGUGCCUCAGGAGGAGAAGGACAGACUGUCAGAACAGUACGAGAAGGAGAUGGAGAUCUGGAGGCCGAAAUGGGCGGCGUACAAGCAAACGCGGCAGUACAAGGAGUUCUUCGAGACCAAGCAGGAUUGGAUCGACGGGCGCCAGAUGAAGAAGCUGAAGAAGGCAGCGGCGAAGGAGGCGCCCGCGAGGGCCAAGUCUGGCUACAUGCUUUUCGCCGCGGAGGUGCGUGGCAGUGUAGCGGAGGAGGUGAAGGCGGCCGGCGGCGGGCUGUCAGACAUCGGCAAGAAGAUUGCAGAGCUGUGGGCCGCGACUAGCGAGGCCAAGAAGGGAGAGUACGACUCCAUAGCGGCCAAGCAGAGGGAGAAGUAUCUCGUGGAGUACGCCGAAUACAGGAAAUCCGACAAGUUCAAGAAAUUCUGCGCGGACAAGGCGACCCUCGAGAGCAAGCAGAAACAGAAAAAACUCAUCAGGACAAAGCUGGACGGGGCGCCCAAGAAGGCCGCGACAUCCUUCUCGCUGUGGAAGAAGGAGGCAGCGCCCCAGUUUGCCGAGGAGCUCAAGGGCAAGGCCAUGGGCGAGCAGGCCAAGUUCUUAGGAGAGAAAUGGGCCCAGGUGUCGGACGAGGAGAAGGCUAAGUUUGUCGCGCAGGCCGAGAGCCUGAAGAAGGAGUACGAGAAGCAGAAACAGAGCUUCAAGGCCAACAGAACGUACAUCGACUUCUUGAGGGAGCGUCGCCAGGCCAAGGAGAGGGAAGUCAGGGUGGUCGGCAUGCUUAACAUGCCGAAGAGGCCGAAGUCCGUAUUCGCGAUGUUUGCAGAGGCGCACAAGAACGAGGUGGAGCCUGGCAAGGGAGAGGGAAAGGGCCGGAGUGCCUUGGCGGAGAAGUUUAAGACGGCCUCCGAGGAAGAGAAGCUCGAGCUGGCCAAGAAGCAGGCAGAGGCGAUGGAGAAAUUUCAGAGCGAGUUGACGGAGUUCAAGGCGUCAGAGGAGUACAAGAAGUUCCAGAACGACAAGAAAAAGAUACAGACCGAGUUCAUGAACGAGGCCAUGAAGGUGAUGACUAUCAAGUUCCUCCGGCACUCUCCGCCAGCGCCACCGAAGACGGGGUUCUCGGUGUUCUUGGGCGAGAAGCGGAAAGCUCAGGGCGAGGCCGAUGGCGCGCCGAGUGGAAAGAAGGAGAAGCACGAAGAGGUCAAGAAGUAUAAGGAUGAGUUCAUGAAGCUCGACCUCGCCACGAAGAAGGAGUAUGACAACAUGCGCAAGGAAAAAGUCAAGGCGUGGCAGGCCGAGGUGAAGGAGUACAUGGAGAAGCCGAUGUGGAAGGAGUACAUCGCGGAGGCGAAGAGCCUCAAGGUACCCAUCAGAAGCCUUCUGGCGCAGAAGAGCAAAACCAUGAAGAAACUGAAAAACGGCAUGCGGUUCAUCCCGAAUCCCGAGAGGCCUCCAGACAUGCCGGUGAAGCCGAAGCAGGCGUACAGCUUGUUCGUCGCCGAGAAGAAGGGCACGAUGGAGCUGUCCGAGAUCGCAGAGGCCUGGGGCAAGCUCGAGGGGGCGGAGCGGAAGAAGUACGAUGACAAGGCCGAGGAGCUGCAGAAAGAGUACGAGGCAAGCAUGAGAGUAUUCAUGGAAAGCGAUGAGGGCAAGGUCUACAUGAAAGAGUGCAACCUCACAAAGCGACGUAAGCGCAUGAACCUUGCGAAGUUUCAGUAUCUCGGGAAGAUGCCCAAAAAGCCCGCGGACCCCAAAAUGAGGUGGAUGAAGGCGAACACGCCUGCGGUGAAGCGCGACUUCCCCGACCUGAGCGCGGCCGAUCUGCACGCGAAGCUCCUGGAGAGGUUCAGGGCGCUGUCCGAGGAGGAGAAGGAGAAGAUCGAGCAGGAACGCAAGGCGCAAGCGGAGGCUUUCGAACAGUCGAUGAGGGAGUUCAAGGCGGGUGAGGAUUGGCACAAGUACUGCAGGGCGAUCAAGGCACAACCGAAGAGCAAGGGCAAGGGGAAGGCGAAGGCCGCCGCCCCAGCAAUUCCAGUUCCGGAAGAUAUGCCAAAGAGACCGCGCAACGCCCUGCAAGUCUUCAGAUCGGAGUUGACCGGCAAGAGCCUCUCGGAGGCUUUGAAAAUGUACAACGAGCUCUCGCAGGAAGAGAAAGACAGAAGAAAUCGAGAGGCAAAGGAAGCCUAUGAUUCAAGAGUACACUGCUGA